CGCGCGCGCCACCGCCGUUCGGCGCCCGCAGAUAUGAGCAUGCAUCAGAUAGCAGUAUAGCACUACCUGGGCGGGAUCAAAUAAUGAUGGCCUGCACCUGCGCCUGCACGCACUACUAGUCUACUACUAGUCAUCCUCCCUGCAGGCGUCUUCCAUUUCGGUUCGUGACCAUCCUGAUGCCUGAUGCUAUAUAGAGAGAAUCAGAAGUGUCCUGUAAGCAAUAGCAGAACAGCCCGGCCGGCCGAAAUGGUCGCCGCCAGAGCAGAGCUCGCCGCUCUUCUCCUCGUCGCCGCCGCCGUCUGCGCUGCCACCGGGUUCAGGCCGCCGGUAACUGAGGACGCCCUUCAGAAGGUGGCCGCCUCGCUGGAAAUGUACGUCGACGUGCUCCCUCAGAUGCCUAAGGUCCUCGGCUACUCCAUCAAGCACGGCCGCCCCACCCCGACUCACCUCACCAUCGGCAUGUACCAAAAGAAAUGGAAAUUCCACCGGGACCUGCCGGCGACGACCGUGUUCGUGUUCGGGACGUCGGCGGAGAGCGCCACCUUCCCGGGGCCAACCAUCGAGGCGCUACAGUGGGUCCCACUGUCCGUGACGUGGGAGAACCACCUCCCGGACCACCACAUCCUGCCGUGGGACCCGACGGUGCCCACCGCCAUCCCCAGGAGCGGCCGCGGCGUGCCCACCGUCGUCCACCUCCACGGCGGCGUGCACCCGCCGCAGUCCGACGGGCACGCCAACGCCUGGUUCACCGCGGGGUUCCGGGAGAAGGGACCCACGUGGACGACGCCCACGUACGCGUACCCGAACGCGCAGUCCCCCGGCGGCGCGCUGUGGUACCACGACCACGCGCUGGGCCUCACCCGCGCCAACCUCCUCGCCGGCCUCCUCGGCGCCUACGUGCUCCGGAGCCCCGCGGCGGAGGCGCACCUCGGCCUCCCCCGCGGCGAGGACUUCGACCGGGUGCUCGUCCUCGCCGACCGCAGCUUCUACGCCGACGGCGAGCUCUACAUGAACUGCACGGGCGAUAACCCCCGCGUGCACCCGCAGUGGCAGCCCGAGUACUUCGGGGCCGCCGUCACCGUCAACGGCAAGGCAUGGCCGUUCCUCCCCGUCGCGCGCCGCCGCUACCGCUUCCGCGUCAUCAACGCCAGCAACGCCCGCUUCUUCAACCUCUCGCUGUCCAACGGCCUCCCGUUCCACGUCGUCGGCUCCGACGCCAGCUACCUGCCCCGCCCCGUCGUCGUCACGCACCUCCUCGUCGCCGUCGCCGAGGCGUUCGACGUCGUCGUCGAUUUCUCCGAGUCCACGACGACCCACGGCCACGAGGCGGAGCUCGUCAACACGGCGCCGUACCCGUACCCCGACGGUGACGCGCCGAACCACCUCAACGGCAAGGUCAUGAAGUUCGUCGUCGAGCCGGCGGCGGCGGCGGCGAAGGUCGACCACUCGUGGGUGCCGGCGCGGCUGAUGGAGUACGUCGUCAAGGUCGCCGAGGAAGAGGCGGCGCGGAGGCGGUACAUCGUGAUGUACGAGUACGAGGACGAGGCGACGGGCGCGCCGACGCACCUGUACAUCAACGGGAAGCGGAUGGAGGACCCGGCGACGGAGACGCCGCGGCCGGGCACGUCGGAGAUGUGGGAGGUGAUCAACCUCACGCAGGACAACCACCCGCUGCACCUGCACCUGGCCGCGUUCCAGGCCGUGCGCGCGCGGGAGCUCGUCGGACUGGAGGAGUUCAAGCGCUGCAUGGAGAGGCUCAACGACGCGGUCCGCUGCGACGUGGGCCGGCACGCCGUCGGGGAGGAGGUGGCCGUGCCGGAGCACGAGAGGACGUGGAAGAACGUGGUCAAGAUCGCGCCGGGGUUCAUGACGACGGUGGUGGUCGAGUUCCUCAUGGUCGACACCGGCAGGAGCUACCCGUUCGACGCCACGGCCGAGCCAGGAUACGUCUACCAUUGCCACAUUUUGGACCAUGAGGACAACGCCAUGAUUCGGCCGUUGAAACUGAUCAAAUGAUGAUUCCUCCACUACUUGGGCUAGAAUUUCACAGAAAAUAGCUCAUUCGUUUCAAGGAAAAAAAAUGAUAACAGGGCGUUAAGCAACCAAAUGGCUUUAGCUGUUAUCAGAUUAUACAAAUGGCAACAAUUUCCUCCAGAGAUGUAAUCCAUAUAUAUGUACAUAUAAAAGGGCAGCGUAAAUUGUUGUUA